CCUCAAAGGAAAUGUGAAGCACAGAGCUUCAGACUCCCGUGGCCUUUCCUCAGAGCACUAGACAUCUAGCACCAUGUCCAGACAAAGCCGAGACCUGGAAUUAGUUCACCUGAUGCAGGAGAAAGCACUUGAUCUUCAAAACUCCACCCUUCCCUACCAAGGCAUAGCUGACCAGUUGCCCAAUGUGCCCAUGGCUCCAUCCCGCAUACCCGUCCUUAGCUCCAGGAAGCAGAAGGCUGGCGUGGUGAACCCCAAUUUCGUGACGGAAGAAGCAUCCCUUUCUCACAACUUAGGACUACAGGCGAGCAAGAAUCCCACUGUGAACGUCAAGAGCAUGAAGUUUAAAAAUGGCUCUUCGGGGCUGCCCAGGCUUAUCCGAAGCACUCGUCCCGUCUCUCAAAACAAAUCGCAAAACCAACCCCAAACCCUCACAGUGCCAGCUACACCCACGGCCACUAAGAGAAAAAAGGUAUACUCCCAAGAGGACAAUGUGGAAGAACUUCAAGUACCAUCUCCACACCAGUCCACGGUCAACGUGGAUGAUCUUCGAGUAACAUCUCCACACCUGUCCACGGACAACGUGGAUGAACUUCGAGUACCAUCUCCACACCCGUCCAUGGUCAAUGUGGAUGAACUUCGAGUACCAUCUCCUUACCAGUCUCCAGUCAAAGCUUGGCCAGACCAGUCCAUCCCACAGGCAGAAGAGGGCUCCACAACCAGCCAGAACAGCGACGUGAUCAACGAUCGUCUGCAGGAACUGGUGCGGCUUUUUAAGGACCGGACGGAGAAAGUGAAAGAGAAGCUGGUUGACCCAGAUGCCUCCUCUGAUGAAGAGACGCCCGUGCCCUCGCCUUCCAACGAAAAGCCUCCAGAAGAGAAAAAGGAAGAAACAGAGAAAAAGGAAGAAACGGAGAAAGAGGACCAGGCUGGCAAAUCAAAGCGGCGUCGCUUGAAAACAUGCCAGUUCCCCAGCAGCAUCGAUCCUCUCACCAAUCUGAUAUAUAUCUUGUGGCUCUUCAUUGUGGUUCUGGCAUGGAAUUGGAACUGCUGGCUGAUUCCAGUCCGCUGGGCUUUCCCAUACCAAACACCCGGGAAUGUCUACUAUUGGAUGACUGUAGACUACAUCUGUGACUUCAUCUACCUUUUGGACAUCUCCGUCUUUCAAGUCCGCCUACAGUUUGUUGAAAGAGGAGACAUUAUUACUGAUAAAAAGGCCAUGAGACAGAAUUAUCUAAAGUCUUUGCGCUUCAAGAUGGACCUUAUCUGCCUUCUGCCACUGGAUUUCCUCUACUUCAAAGUUGGUGUAAACUCCCUCUUGCGUUUACCUCGCUGCUUAAAGUAUAUGGCUUUCUUUGAGUUCAACAACCGGCUUGAAUCUAUUCUGAGCAAGGCCUACGUUUACAGAGUAAUCAGAAUCACAGCCUACUUGCUGUUCAGCUUGCAUGUUAACUCUUGCCUGUACUACUGGGCAUCGUCCAUCAAUGGAUUGGGCUCUACCCAGUGGGCCUAUGAUGGAGAAGGAAACAGUUACCUCCGCUGUUACUACUGGGCUGUCAAGACCUUAAUAACAAUUGGAGGGCUGCCGGACCCCCACACCCUCUUUGAGAUCAUCUUUCAGCUCCUCAAUUACUUCACAGGGGUCUUUGCUUUCUCGGUGAUGAUUGGUCAGAUGCGAGAUGUCGUAGGCGCUGCCACUGCUGGACAAUCAUACUAUCGGAACUGUAUGGAUAACACAGUGAAGUACAUGACUCUCUACAAAAUUCCCUUCUCUGUCCAGCGUAGGGUCAAAAAGUGGUAUGAAUACACUUGGCAUUCUCAAGGCAUGCUGGAUGAAGCAGAGCUGCUGAAGCAAUUACCGGACACGAUGCGGCUGGACAUCGCUGUUGACGUGAACUAUGAUAUAGUGAGCAAGGUGCCGCUCUUUCAGGGUUGUGACCGGCAAAUGAUUUUUGACAUGUUAAAGAGACUCAGAUCUGUCGUUUACUUGCCUAAUGACUAUGUAUGCAAGAAGGGAGAAAUCGGCCGAGAGAUGUACAUCAUUCAAGUUGGGCAAGUCCAGGUACUGGGAGGACCUGACGGGAAGACGAUCCUUGUGACCUUGAAAGCUGGAUCGGUAUUUGGAGAAAUAAGCUUACUGGCUUUAGGAGGUGGAAAUCGCCGCACAGCCAACGUUGUGGCUCAUGGAUUUACAAAUCUUUUCAUUUUGGAGAAGAAAGAUUUGAGUGAAAUUUUGGUGCAUUACCCAGAGUCUCAGAAACUGCUGCGGAAAAAGGCCAGGCGAAUGCUGAAGAGCAAUAAAUCCAAAGAAGAAAAAGGGAUGCCAAAAGACGUGCUGAUCAUUCCUCCAAAAGCCGGGACACCAAGACUCUUUCAAGCAGCCCUCAUGGCAGCAGGGAAGAUGGGGGGCAAGGGACGGUUGGCUCACAUCCGAUGGAAACUGAAAGAACUGAAGGCACUCCAGGCUGCCAGUUCCUCUCCCAUUGCCCCCAAAUCACCGGCCAGUCAUACUUCUCCGGCGGGUUCGAGGAAAUCAGAUGAAGUCCGAAGUGAGAAGACUUCUGCGAAGUCGCCCGCUCCCUCUGUUAUAAUUCAGGUGACUCCAGCACCGAAGGAUGAUCAGCAGACUCUCUCUGUAGAAAAUGAAGACAACGAAGAAAAUAACUAG